UCUAAUCCAUAGCCACCUAUUAAAACUAUUAAAUCAUUGUUUCCUACUAAACUGCGUAGUUAGCGACGUUCUUUCCACUCGCGACUUCCGAACUGAACGGAUGCCACCAUGACCGGGAGUCCGAAGGAAGAUCGUGACCGUCUAAAAAGGCAGCAAAGAGGUAUGGAUGAGUUAAUAGAGAAUUAUGAAACAGAACAGAAGCGUCAACGUUCCGAAGAAUUAAAUAAGAACAUCGCGGACUUUUCAAUGGAGGUGCAGCAAUCCACCUCCAUUGCGAUCCAACCGAAAACCGAACAAGCUACACCAGUUUCAGCAAUGGAAGAAGAUGCAGGACAGCCCCAGGCCGAACCACCAAAAUCAGGAGAAGUUGCCGAUGUACCAAAAUCAGGAGAAGCUGCCGAUGCACUAAAAUCAGGAGAAGAUGCUGAUGCACCAAAAUCAGGAGAAGCUGCUGAUGAACCAAAAUCAGGAGAAGCUGCUGAAGCACCAAAAUCAGGAGAAGCUCCCGAUGCACCAAAAUCAGGAGAAGCUCCCGAUGUACCAAAAUCAGGAGAAGGUGCUGAUGCACCAAAAUCAGGAGAAGCUGCUGAUGAACCAAAAUCAGGAGAAGCUGCUGAUGCACCAAAAUCAGGAGAAGUUGCUGAUGCACUAAAAUCAGGUGGAGCUGCCGAACCACCAGGAACAGAAGGAGCCGGUGAACUACCAAAGUCAGAUGGAGCUGCUGGACCACCAAAAUCAGAUGAAGCCGCUGAACCACCAAAAUCAGGAGGGCCAGGCAAACCGAAAUCAGGAGCAAAGUCCAGGUCCAGGACACGUCGUAGACCAGCGCCACCAAGCGAGGCACAGCCGAAAGCCAAGAAACCUAAGCGUACAAAGAAGGCAGGGCCAACUAAGCCUCAACCACCAAAACCAGAAUUGCUUAUUGGAUCUGGCCCAUCACAACAGCAAAAUGAAUCGAAACUGCAGAUCCCAGAACCAUCCCUCGAUCUAGUUGAAUACAAACUAGCUCAGAUGGAAGAAAGCUCAGUCAAGUGCGAACCACGGCUGAUGAUACCAUUUCCUGUGAGGAUACCCACCUACAGUCCUCUUGAUUUGUAUCAGAAAAGAGCUGGGGAAUACUUCGAUAAAAAUGAAGUCCCAUCAACCAAAUACAAGCCACUAUUUGAUGGCAAGGAUGAGAAAGUAGGAAAGCUUCUACAUUUCAUGCGUAGAAUAAGCCCUAUUAUUCCGGACAUGGUGCUCGUGGGCAGAAAAGACAGCCCGCCUAUAGUAUAUUUGCAUAACGCCGUCGUCUCGACCACAUUUGAUGUGCGGUACAAAAUAAUGAACGACGUCUACCAACUGCAUAUUAACUCCAAAAUUGUGGCUCAGACUGAACACAGUAGCCCUCAGUCCUACAAGCAGGACUUGGCAGUUCUGGCGUUUGAGAGACUUAAGAGAGACUGCUUCAUCGUCAUUCGAAAAGUAGUUCUAGAAGAUUUGACACAUAAACAGUUGAACGAGCUUGAAAAGUACUUGAUUAUGCCCCCUGAUUUGUCAGAGCCUGCACCUGCGAGUGUGUCAAAGCCUGCACCUGACGAUGUGUCAGAGAAUGCACCUGACGGUGUGUCAGAGCCUGCACCUGAUGAUGUGUCAGAGCCUGCACCUGACGAUGUGUCAGAGCCUGCACCUGAGGGUAUGUCAGAGCCUGCACCUGACGAUGUGUCAGAGCCUGCACCUGACGAUGUAUCAGAGCCUGCACCUGACGAUGUGUCAGAGCCAGCACCUGACGGUGUGUUAGAGCCUGCACCUGAGGGUACGUCAAAGCCUGCACCUGACAGUGUGUCGGAGCCUGCACCUGACGGUGCGUCUGAGCCUGCACCUGACAGUGUGUCAGUGCCUGCACCUGACGGUGUGUCAGAGCCUGCACCUGACGGUGUGUCAAAGCCUGCACCUAACGGUGUGUCAAAGCCUGCACCUAACGGUGGGUCGAAGUACCCUCUGGUUUCCAAAAUGGAAUGGGGCGGUCAAAUAAACGAAGACGUGAAAAAGAUCUUCGAUUACGUGGACACUUUUUACUGCAACCUUAGUAGCAAUUACGUCAACGAAUUGCACAAGAUCAUCAAAGCUUACGCGGAGAACGAUAGUCUUUCGUUCUUCUCGUUCUAUCCCAAUCUUACGAGGACUCAGAGAACCGCAGUUCAUAGACUAUGUGUGAGGUACAACUUGAAAUCCAGAUUCUUGGGUGAUUCAGAUAAAAGGCGCAUCAUCAUUGGCAAGAAGUAUUCUCCAUAUGAUCUUAUAAAAAUUUUACUGAGACACGAUUGCGAGACCUCCACCCAUCGUCUGAUCAUCCCAGGAAUAGGUAUGGAUCAAUGGAAGGCCCUCAAGCCCAAAACCGCCUUGAAAUCAGACCGACCUCCGGUUGAGGUCGAGGAAAACAUCGCUUCGGAACUGAACAAUAAAGCAAGAACGAAGCAGCUACUGCGUUCAGUUGCUGAGCAGUCCGCCAGGAUGGAGCUGAGAGUGAAGAAGGUGCAAAGUCAACUACUAGAGACCGUCUUCCAUAAGCUUUGCCCGCCUGAGUUGAUUAGGUUCUUGCACAUUCGUCAGGAAAAACGCAACCAGGAGGGAGGGGCUUUUAUGGCGCCCGUCAAUUUUCCUCCAGCCGUUGACUUCCCGAUAGCCACCCGAUACACUAACAACUCUGACAUCAGAGAAAUAUGCGUAAUUCACGAAAAGGAUCCCAUAAUUUUGACUCGUGAUGAGUUCGAUAAACUUUUCAAAAGGCAGCUCGUAGGCUUUCAAACUGGAAAGGGUGCGGUGCGACGUAAAGAAGAAACGAUUGUCAAAGAGGAACAACAGGCAGGAGGGUCGGAGGCCUCAGCCCAGGUGAUUCUGGAUCCAGAAAUAUUGCGGUUCAUAAAGCAAGUGCCGGUCGAUCACAGUGAACCGACUUUUCCGUUAUUCAACCCGGGUCUAAAAAUCAAGGAGGAGCCCAUCGACCCAUCCUACCAGAUUGGGUCUGCAGAUGUUGCUGCUAUUGUCAUUAAACAGGAACCAGAAGAUUAAAUUGUUUAUGUUGCUGAAGUCUUUCUAGACCACAAAAAAUGUUCAGUAUUAUUGUCGCUAGACUGAUUUCAUGUUCAUUCCGUCCGUUUUUUUUGAAGUCUUUCUAGACCACAAAAAAUGUUCAGUGUUAUUGUCGCUAGACUGAUUUCAUGUUCUUUCCGUCCGUUUUUUUGAAGUCUUUCUAGACCACAAAAAAUGUUCAGUAUUAUUGUCGCUAGACUGAUUUUAUGUUCUUUCCGUCCGUUUUUUUGAAGUCUUUCUAGACCACAAAAAAUGUUCAGUAUUAUUGUCGCUAGACUGAUUUCAUGUUCUUUCCGUCCGUUUUUUUGAAGUCCUUCUAGACCACAAAAAAUGUUCAGUAUUAUUGUCGCUAGUCUGAUUUCAUGUUCAUUCCGUCCGUUUUUUUGAAGUCUUUCUAGACCACAAAAAAUGUUUAGUGUUAUUGUCGCUAGACUGAUUUCAUGUUCUUUCCGUCCGUUUUUUUGAAGUCUUUCUAGACCACAAAAAAUGUUCAGUAUUAUUGUCGCUAGACUGAUUUCAUGUUCUUUCCGUCCGUUUUUUUGAAGUCCUUCUAGACCACAAAAAAUGUUCAGUAUUAUUGUCGCUAGACUGAUUUCGUGUUCAUUCCGUCCGUUUUUUUGAAGUCUUUCUAGACCACAAAAAAUGUUCAGUAUUAUUGUCGCUAGACUGAUUUCAUGUUCUUUCCGUCCGUUUUUAAAUAGGUGACUGUGACCAAUCUCAUCAGUCAUUCUAUUUAUAUUAAAUUAUAUAUUCUAUAUAUAGCUUUUAGUGUGUUGUUUUGGACCAAUAAAAUAAAAUCAAA